AUGCGCAGAGUUAUGGAUGUCCUUUUGGCUCUGCUAAGUCGUUUCCUGUUCGCAGUGCAUGGCAUCGUGACGGUGUGGCGUGUUGUGGUGGUGAAGGGUGAGCCCUGCUAUUGGCUGCUGCUGAUGGGCGUGGCACUGCUGGGAGUAGAGAUGGCUGUUACAAUCAAAUGCACCCGCAACGCAGAGUGGAAAUGGUUCUCUCCUAUGGUUUUCCUUUAUCUCAGUACUGUGAUUCCCUCCAUCUGGUUCCUGGAGCUGAACCUGCUGCAGUUCAAUCUGCCAAUCAACUCAUCUUCACCUGAUUUUCUCCUCCUGUCUCAUCUCCCCAUAGCAGCGGGAUUAGCAGAUCUGGAACCUGAGAACUGGGUGGCCGGUUUGGAGCAGACCAUGCUUAUCAUACUGGUACUAGGCCGCUGGCUCAUGCCCAAAGGUGACAUGUCACGUGACCAGCUCUCACAACUCCUCAUGGUCUACGUAGGCCUAGGCGCAGACAUCCUGGACAUCUUUGACACUUUCAAGGAGCCUCAAGUUAAAACCAACCAUGCUGUAAUUAUUGUGGGGCUGAGCCUCUUCUCCUGGGCCUUAAUGCAAUUCCCUUUGGUUUUGACACAAACAAAUCCCCCUAAACUCCACACAAAGCUCCAUCUUAAACCCAUCAGACCUGGGUUACUGCCCUGCUCAUAUACCUCCUGCUGCUCCAGUGAGAUCUGGAGCCUUCUUCUUACUGUUGGACUCCAGGACGGCCCGUUCCUCAUGUACCGCCUCUACCUGAUGCUCAGAGAAAAUGUUCUGAACCAAUUGAUGAUCUUCUUCACAUGUAAGAACAUCCUCAUUGUUAUGCUGGAGCUGUACAGGAUUGGCGUGGUCCACUUUGAGCUUCACAGGCCUGGGGGGAGAGAAAGAUCACUUGAUGAACCUCAAAGACAGACUGAAAGAGCUGAAGGUGAAAGAUUUGAAGUUUUAGAGUCUAGUGGCCAAGCGGUAAAUGAAAGUAUUAAUGAAAGUUUUUGAUGUAAAAUUCAGGUUAAGAUUAGGUAAGAAUCUAUAGUACUGUGAGUAAACAGAUUUUCAACAGUAAGUUGAAAGCCAUGGUUAAACAAAUUCACUUAAAAUCAAGAGUUAAAGAGGCUAUGUGUUAUCAUUGUAUCCUCACAUUGUUUCACAUCAUCUCACAUGGCUUCUGCAUCACUAAAAUAUUACGACAUCAAAUAUUCAUGGAGAUAUUUCAGUUUACCACAUCACAAUACAAGUUCAUUCAUCUCCAGGAACUGCGUUACCUUGGUCAGGGUUGAGAUCAAUCCAGUGCAAUCACAGGAAUACUUGGCACAAGAAGAGAAUAGACCUUGGAUGGGAUGCCAGUCAGACACUCAUUCACACUGAGGGGAAAUUUAUAGUAGCCAUUCUUGUCAUCGUGUCCUCACGUUGUAUUAUGUACAUCACUAAAUAUCUCAGACAUUCCAGUUUUCACCAUGAUAUUCCAAGUUAUAAUUACAACUUUCAA